CAGAGGCUACAGCCUAUUGUAAAUCGUCCUGGUCCCUGUCCUGCUCCGGGUUCCCUGUCCCUUCUCUUCUUCUCUUGCCUUCAGCUCCCCACUCCCACCCCCUACUCUUCGUAUUGCUCUUCUUAUUGGCUGUCGCCAUCUCCCCCUAACCUCCUAUUGGCUGUUGGACUCCUUUCUCCUCCCCGCGCGGUCGACCCGAGGCUAAGGGACUGGGACUGGAAGGGAGGGGAGGGGGCGCGGAGUCCCGCCCGGGCUCAGCUUCGAGAGUCGGAGCUGCGCAGCCUAAAGCUUGCAGAGGAGAGAAGGGGCGACUCCGACCCGGGCGCGCCGCGCUCUCCCAGCCGCCCAGCCUCCCAGCCCUCCCAGUGUCCCAGGGAGGAGUCGAGAGACCCCCCGGCCGGGAAGCUCUGGAGCAGCCUCCAGAAUCACAGCUGCUGGAUCAGAGGAGGACCGGACUGUCCUGCCCGCUCAAGCCCCACACCCGAAGGGAGCUGGACUUGCUGGGGGGGAACCCUGCGGGGUCUGGCCGAUGGCAGCUUGAAGAUGGAAAGCGAGGACAUGGACAGCUAUCUGCGGCGCCUCAAGCAGGAGCUGGUAUCCAUGAAAGAGGUUGGGGAUGGGCUUCAUGACCAGAUGAACUGCAUGAUGGGAGCCCUGCAAGAGCUGAAGCUCCUACAGGUGCAGACGGCCCUGGAGCAGCUCGAGAUCUCUGGGGGUGAUGGGCAAACGCCACUGUCUGGUCUAGGCCCCGCCCCCAGCUUCCUGCAAGGCCCCAGAACUCCAGCAGAGCCCUGCAGGUGGGCAGGCAGCAGGGGCUCGGCCAGGCCCAGGGCCAGCUCUCCCUCUAGCCAUGCUUCUCUAAGCGGCGGUGGCAGCACCAGGCUUUCCUCCCAUAGGAGUGUCCAUGGCGAAAACCUAGACCCUCCUCCUAGGACUUGGGAGUCGGAGAGCCGAGGCUUUGUUCAGCAGAGGACAGAGCGGGCUGAGCCAGACGACUGGACCUCCACCCUGAUGUCUCGAGGCCGCAACCGACAGCCGCUGGUCUUGGGCGACAAUGUCUUCGCAGAUCUGGUGGGCAACUGGCUGGACUUACCAGAACUAGAGAAGAAGGGUGGGGAGAAAGGGGAGGUCAGUGGGGUGGGUGAGGUGCCAGGGCCCGGAAGCCGGCACCGUGAUCUGGGCCGAAGGUUCACCCUGACCGCCAACAUCUUCAGGAAAUUUCUGCGUAGCGUCAGGCCGGAUCGAGAUCGACUACUCAAGGAGAAGCCAGGCUGGAUGACCCCGACAGCCACUGAGCCCCCAGCCGGACGCUCCAAGAAAGUCAAGAAAAGGAGCUAUUUCAAGGGAGCUGGGUAUUUCCCCUUCCCCUUCCCCAGCAGUGGGGGCAAUGGACAGGGAGAGAGGCCUUCUUCAAGCUGCCCCAAGGCCCUGGAGUCCCCACCCUCUGGCUUUGACAUCAACACAGCUGUAUGGGUCUGAGUCCUUGGCAUUUCCCAUGGUCAAGUGUACAUGGCCGGUCCCAUCCAUUCCUUUCCUUCAAAGCUCCCAGAAAAGCAAAAGAGGGGGGUGGGCAGAGCCAGGCCUUCUAAUCCCAGAAACCUAAAGCUGCCAGUGUGCUUAUUCUAAAGAGAGCCACAAUCUCCUACUGAUAAAACUAUAGCCAAGUUG